AUGGGGACACCUGCUGGCCACCACGCCACCGCUGGCACAGCACCGCUGAAAGCAAGGGGUGCCACCGCGAGCAGGCACCGCUGCCCCUCCGAGCACUGUGCGAUUGACAGGGACGGUAUUUCCACCGCUUCCCAGAACGCGCACUUCAGGACUUGCCUUGCAAUUACACGGGUGACACCGCCUGUUACUGACCACUCUUUCAUUUCCAGAAGGCCAGCAGUAACGUUCAAUAACCUAUUUCCCCUUCACUUGCAGGUAAGAGACGAAGAAAGUGGCUAUAAUAAAAAUCUAUUUUGCAUUCCUAAGCAUUAUGAAGAAGAUUUAGAAAGAGUCUUCAUUCCUCAUGGACUCAUCCUGGACAGGACAGAACGUUUGGCUAGAGAUAUCAUGCAAGAUAUGGGAAGCCAUCACAUCGUCGCACUCUGUGUCCUUAAAGGGGGCUAUAAAUUCUUUGCUGAUUUGUUGGACCAUAUAAAAGCACUCAAUCAAAAUGGUGAUAAAUCUGUGCCUAUUACUGUGGAUUUUGUUAGAAUAAAAAGCUACUGCAAUGAUUCACCUACAGAAAAAAUCAGUAUUGUUGGAGAGGAACUGUCUACACUAAAUGGAAAGAAUGUGUUAGUAGUAGAGGACAUUAUUGAGACUGGAAGAACAAUGAAAGCACUACUUUCAAAACUAAAAGACAAUGAACCAAAGAUGGUAAAAGUUGUAAG